GGCGUCCGGUGUUUGAGUGCCGGAGAGGUCUGUGGGGUACAUUAUCAUUAUUUUACCUUAUUCUAAUUGGAGAUACCUGUGCCUCGUCCUUAACCGUACCGUUUGCCGUCGACCGUCACUGGCUCCGUAACGCGAGCAGAGUUUACGUUUACUGGAUGUGCUUUUUAAUUUUUAUCUUAGCUCAUCGCCUCGAUUGAGAUUCAUGAGAAGGUUGCCAAGAGCCAGUUGAUGUAAAGGGAAUAGUUAAGUGAUAACCCUUGUCUUUCAGUAUGCCACAUAAUGGAGUUAUCAUUGUUCAUGUUGGAGCUGGCUACCACAGCCAGAGCAAGGUGUCCGAGUACCGAAAGGCAUGCUCGGACGCGCUUCUCAAGGCGGUGCAGCUGCUGCGCGCCGGUGUCGAGGCGGCCGCCGUGGCCGCCGAGGCCAUCUCCGUGCUGGAGGCGGCGGCGUGUACAAACGCCGGGCGCGGCUCGAACCUCACGCUGGACGGCACGGUCGAGUGUGACGCCGGCCUGAUGGUGGACCGCGGCGCCGGCGGCCGGUUCGCCGGUGUCGGCGCCGCGCCCCGGCUGGCCCACCCGGUGCGCGUGGCGCUGAGAAUGCUGGAGGUGCAGCAGAGAGGACUCUCGCUCGGCAGGGAGCCGCCAAAUCUACUGGUGGGCGAGGGCGCCGUGCGGUGGGCCGAGGCGCAGUCGCUGCCAGUCAGUCCGGCCAGCCACCUGGUGACCCCCGAGGCACAGCGGCGCUACGACAAGUACCGCCGGUCGCUGGACGAGGUCGACCGAGAGCGGACGGCCGACCGGAAGCGGCCCCGGUUGGAGGCGGCAGACGAGACGGACAGCGAGCUCCGUGACACGGUGGGUGCCGUGGUCCUGGACUGUUCGGGUCACAUCGCAGCCGCCUCCUCCAGCGGCGGCAUCAUGCUCAAACACCCCGGCAGAGUCGGACAGGCGGCGGUGUUUGGCUGCGGCUGCUGGGCGGACGCGGCCGCCACCACUGGUCGGUACGGCGUGGGCGUCUCCACCUCCGGCACCGGCGAACAGCUCGUGAUGAGCUGCCUGGCGCGGCGCGUGGCGGCCGAAAUCAGCCGCUCCGAGCACGCCAUCCAGGGACUCCAGCUGGGACUCAAACGAGGAUUCUUAGGUUCCCACUACGUCCCGCCGAGCAGCCAGCGUCUGGCGGGGGCCAUCGCGCUCCGACACGACCCCGGCCUCGGCGCCGUGGACGUAUCCUGGGGACACUGCACCGCCAGCUUCGUCCUAGGGUAUAUGGCCGCCAACUCCGACAGUCCUCAGACACUCUGCUCGCGACUACCGCCGGAGGGCACGCCGGGCGCCACAGUGCUCUCUCAGGCAGUCUCCAUACGCUGCGGACCCUGUGCCGAGCACGAGCCGCGCGACCGUCCGGCGAGCGGCGCCGAGUGGGCGGCGGGGGGAGCUGACGGCGAGCAGGGCGCGCCCGGACUCUGACGGAGCCGGGGAUAGACGAGCGCUGGUACAAACCGACACGGGUGCCGCCGACCGACGGGCCAACACGACAGGGAUCUCCCGCCCGCUCCGCGGCUACGCUGAGUCGCGUCCUGACACGCACAGUGUUAUAUCUUGACAUGCGUCGUGUCGCCGGCCGGCCGCGGAAUCGACAAGAGUGUCCUCACAGAUGUGACUCUCAAGGCGGUCGGCCUAAGCCACCCGGUGGAACUAUGCAGCCGUGUAGUGCCAACACCCACAUCGCACUUCGUUUCUGCUGAACGUCUGACAGCGCACACUGGAUUCCGGACUACCUCAGCUGCGUCGCAGCGCCGCGCCGCCGGUCAGCACCUCAUCUGUGUGUUAGGGACUCGGUGAUUGCGACGGUGACCUAGAGAAGACUUGAGACUGGGAUCGGGGCGAAUCUCCCCCCCGGUGCGGGCCGACAGAACGGGCUUCGUGCAGCGAGCUUAGCCGGACGGUUCGUGGACGGUUGUUAGGGCAGAGUGGUGGCGCCAAACAAGGGCAUCCAUACGUCAGUUUUACUGGCGGAAUUACGAGUACCUUUUACUGAGUUCGCGCCCGCGUCGUGUUGUAAUGUCUGACAAAAUACAGCCAUUGCUGCCAUGCCUCCA